CACUUCCUUCCAUACCUCGUCCGAUGCUCACCUCCACCCAGACCACCUGGCUCGUUGUAGCUGUUGCCCUCAGUCUCAUGUUCAAUGUGCUCAGCUACCGCCAACUGAAUCUGCCGUUCGCAUCAGAUCUAGAACUGGGAGCACAGCUACCUCUCAACGAGCUGCCGCUCCUCGUCAGACCCGCCGCCCUUCAGUUCAGCCUCAUUGCUGACAAGUACCGCAUCGCGGACGACGCCGCUUGGGCCUCUCUCAUCCCAUCAGACGGCCGAAUUCGGUCGCCAUCAGCCGCCGCUCCCGGUCGGAAAUACUUCACCGUUGGGCUGUACUCCGAUCUGCACUGCCUCAACCUCCUGCGCACCGCGUACCUCGCGCACAAGGACAAGCACGAGUCCGGAAUGCGCUUUCCCGUGGACGCAUUGGCUCCGCAGUGCGUCAGCCAGCUGCGCCAGGCGCUCACUUGCGCGGCCGACCUGACGCUCGAUCCCACGACUUCGAUAUGCGAGCCGGAUGGCACGUGUGAUCCGGCCGCGGCGGGGCAUUUGGUUGUGCAUAAGUGUCGAGAUUGGGCACAAGUGAGAGAGUUUGUAGAGAUGAAUCAGGCUCGUACAGAGUAGACAGAAAUUUGACGACCCCUUAGGUACAACGAUUCAAUAAUGCUCAUGUUGAGAUGCUCAGGACUAUUUUGGUCACAAAUCGCCGGUGAAUUGAUCAAAUACGUGAUUUCUGUGCGCUUUACAAGUGACAAAAAACUUGCACAGGUCCGGGGUUAUCUCAAGGUUGGGUCAUUCGUAAUAUGGAUUCACCAUAAGCCGCAAAGUUUUCUAUCAUGUUACAACAAGUAUCCAGUUCUUUUUUCAUGGAGCGACACACAACCAGAUAUGCCUGGUCAACAAUGUUUCAGUCGGUCAUCGAUACCCGCGGAAACAAGUGGAUGGAGAAUUGAAGAUGGAUUUGUUUUCCAUAGUAAAAUGUCUUCUUUUUGAACGAAGUUUUC